UCUUAGUGUGCAUGAAUAUUUUGCGCCUCCAACGCCAUUUUGUCUUCGUUGGAAGAAUUGUAAAGGUCAUUUUUGAUUAAUACUGUUUAAUCAACAUUUCUUUUACGGAAAGUGAUAGGAGAAAGUGAUCGAUGGAGAAGUCAAUUUCCACAGUAAGGAUGGAGGAACCUGGGGGAGGCAGAGGGAACCUGUCCUUUGGAAUGCCGUCCAUGUCUGGAGAACCAGUGGUGAUCACUUAUACAGCUGAAAGUACUGAAGAUGCCAUUCAGAUCCAGGAGAAGGAACCAAUCACUAAAAAGACAGAUGAGACCCAGGACCGCCCCUCUACAGAAUCAACCAAUCAGGAGACAGAGAGUAUGGAGAGUGACAACUUUACUGAGGCCCUGGCAGGGGAACAGCUUUUACAGAUGGCCAAUGCUAUUGUGAUGGAGCAGGAGCAGGUAGAGGGGGUGGAGAAUCCUCAGGAAAUCAUACAGACAGUUGAUGAGAAUGGUGCCAUUGUUAGUGAAAUGCAGAUUGUUCAAAAUGACAGCCAAGUGGAGGAUAUGGAGAACCUACAAACAAUGGCAGAAUAUACAGAUGAAGAAGGAGCUGUUCACCAGGUCCCAGUCAAGCUGGACAAAAAUAACCAGUUGGUUCAAUUACUGCCGGUAUCGACAGAGGAUGGAAAUCAGGUGUACAUCCAAGUUCUCAGCUCCUCAAAGCCAGACUCUCAACCUGUCGAAACUCAGACCGAGAUCCACGAGAUCAUGAUCUCAGAAGACCAACUCGAGCCUGAGAUACUGAGUCAAGAAAAUAUAGCAAAUGAGGAGGUUACAGUAGAGAAUGUACAAGAAAUGGCAAAUUACAAAAGUGAGGUUUUGGAGGAUGGAACAGUGCAGAUUUACAUGCUAGAAGAUAAAAAUGCAGAAAAGAAAGGAAUGAAUAAAACUUUGAUGAACGUAAUAUCCCCAACAAAACCUGAUGCCCCAAGUCCAUCUACCAGUUCCCUUAUGACAAUUCAAGCCAAGAAAUACAGAGAUGUAGCUACUCAAAUAACUGUGUUUCCAAAGUUUUCGAGGCAGGGAUUGUUUGAUGUCUCAACUCAAGUUACCCCCAAAGACAUUGUAAGAGACCCCAAACUUCGUAGCUUACCGAAUGGCACAACAGUUAUUCAGAACAGUAUUGUCUCUCAGAGUGAAAGCACUAUCAUUCUUAAUUCAGGUAGCGAGAAUGAAAUGAUUCUCCAUAAAUGUACCAUAUGUGGAAAAGUUUAUAAAAAUAAACUGAACUGGCAGGGACAUAUUAAAAUUCAUGCUCAGGAAAAAGUGUACAUGUGUGGCUACUGCGGAAAAAUUUACCCCAGAAGUAGCCUCUCGACUCAUCUUCGCACACAUUCCGAGCUCAGACAGAUUGCUGUGUUUGAGAACCUGCCAGAUCACUUGAAGAGGAAGAACUACAAGCAAGCUCCGGGAAUGGUCUUUCCGAAUGAAGAAGCUUCCAUUAUUGAGCUGAGUAUUGCAGAUGUAGCCACAGAAAUAGAUCCCGAAUUGUUCCCUCCACCAGCUGCUGAAGUUGUGACUGCCCCCGCAAACAUCAUAGCCGCAAAUGAUGCCUCACUACCCGAACCUGCAGCAGAGUCGGAAGUUUUUACAGAAAAUGAAAUUCCUGCCAAGAUGCACAUGGAAGUAGAGGCCGAAGCAGAAAUUCAGGAGGGUACUAAAACCAAAUUUAUAUAUAAGUGUAAUGUGUGUGGAAAAGAAUACAACAACAAGAGUAACUGUCACAGACAUCUGAAGUCUCACACAGACACCAAGGGAUUUAAAUGUGGCUACUGUGGGAAGGCAUUCACACACAGGUACGAGGUCCGCAUGCACUGUAGGACACAUACAGGUGAGAGGCCGUACAAGUGCCCUAUCUGCACUCGUGGAUUCAAUGAAAGUGGAAAUCUAAGGCGUCACAUGAAAAUCCACGAGGGAGAUAACUCUCCAUUCAAGUGUGGCGUCUGCUUCAAAGGAUUCAAUGAUACUCUAAGAUUGAAUGCUCACAUGAAGGUUCAUACUGGAGAAAUAGUGUGUGAUGUUUGUGGAAAAAAGUUUGGAAAGAUAUCUGACUUGUAUCGCCAUAUCAAAAUCCACAGUGGAGACCGACCUUACAAAUGUGAUUUGUGUGGGAAGACGUUCUGUCAGAAGGUUAACUUGGUCACACAUCAACGAACACAUACAGGUCAGAAGGCAUUCAGGUGUGACUUUUGUGGACUAGGGUUCAGCAGGAAGACGAUUCUGCAGCAGCACAUGAAGACCCACAUGGAGGAUGAGGAAUUCUCGGUGGAGAGGACGGAGGUACGACCGGUCAAGGGAGAACUGAAAAUCAUGGAAGCAGACGUCAUUGAACACAUGGAGGCUCUAUCUAACGAGUUUGUGGAGGAGGAAGACUCCCAGACAGCAGACAUCCAGAGCAUCAUCCUGGAGGACGGAGAAGAGGUCAUCACCGAGGCAACGAGUCACGAAAUAGAAACAUACACUGAAUAAUAGCAAAUGUAUACAUACAGAUCGACAAUCAAGGGAAUAUCCAGAAAAUACAACUGCUAUUUUAAUUUACUUUGUCAUAUAUAUGCACAUUAUUUAUUUACAAUAUUGGGAAUAAUUAGAAAUUUUUAAAGUAAGUUAUAUCACAUUUUAAUGACUUAAAAAAUUAAUCGUUCAACAAUAUUCAAUGCAUUUUGUCAUGUUAUUGUAAUGUUAAAUAAUUUAAAAGUGUUGAAAAUUGUAUUACAUGUAUAAGUAAAAGGUUACCUUACAUUUCAUCAAUGUCAGGCUUUUAUCACAAAUACUUGCAGUCAAUUUUAAACAUUACUCACAAAAACAAAGAAAACGCAGAAGUGUAUCAAAUUUUAUAAAAAGGUACAUGUUUGUGAUGUAUUUAUGAAAAAUGUCAAGAAAUUGUUACAUACAAUGUAUAUUAUUUUAAAGUUGAAGUGAUAUAAUUUUCAGAUUUGCUCAUGAUCAGAUUGUUUACGUUGAAAUUUACAUAAUUUAUGUUCAGAGGUUCUUGUUCAAAAUUUUAUUGUUCAUGCUUGGAAGUGUGUUUGAAGAGUUGGAAAUAUUAAUCAUUAAAAUUUUUCAACUUGCUAAAAUCCAAAAUUGUUCUACAUUGAACGUCCAUAAUGGAAGUUUGGGGGCAAAUCAGAAUCACCAUGUGUGUCUGAUUGAAGACAUAUUUUGCCCAGAGUU